CUGGUGUGGACGGGAAGCUCCCGGCCCGGCGGACUAACUGGAGCACGGACGCUGCAGCCGGUUGGGCCGGUGCCCUUUCCCGCUCUGGAAAGGAAGAAAAAUGGAAGUGAAAAAGUUGAGCAUUUCCUGGCAAUUCUUGAUAGUUCUGGUUCUGAUCCUGCAAAUUCUGUCUGCGUUGGAUUUUGACCCAUACAAAGUCCUAGGGGUCAGCCGAACAGCCAGUCAGGCUGAUAUUAAAAAGGCUUAUAAGAAGCUCGCCCGGGAAUGGCAUCCUGACAAAAACAAAGAUCCUGGAGCAGAAGACAAGUUCAUUCAGAUCAGCAAGGCUUACGAGGUUCUUUCCAACGAAGAAAAGAGAUCAAAUUAUGAUCAGUAUGGAGAUGCUGGAGAGAACCAGGGCUACCAGAAGCAGCAGCAGCAGCGAGAGUAUCGCUUUCGCCAUUUCCAUGAAAAUUUUUAUUUUGAUGAAUCUUUUUUUCACUUCCCUUUCAAUUCUGAGCGGCGGGACUCAAUUGAUGAAAAGUACUUCCUGCACUUUUCACAUUAUGUGAAUGAAGUGGUUCCAGACAGCUUCAAGAAACCCUACCUCAUUAAGAUCACCUCAGAUUGGUGCUUUAGCUGUAUCCAUAUCGAGCCUGUUUGGAAAGAGGUGGUUCAAGAACUGGAAGGAUUGGGUGUAGGAAUUGGCGUGGUCCAUGCUGGCUAUGAGAGACGCCUGGCCCAUCACCUGGGAGCACACAGCACACCCUCUAUCCUCGGAAUCAUAAAUGGGAAAAUCUCUUUCUUCCACAAUGCAGUUGUCCGUGAGAAUCUACGACAAUUUGUGGAAAGUCUUCUUCCAGGGAACUUGGUAGAGAAAGUUACAAAUAAAAAUUAUGUCAGAUUCCUCUCUGGCUGGCAGCAAGAGAAUAAACCUCAUGUCCUUCUGUUUGACCAAAUGCCCACUGUGCCACUAGUGUACAAGUUGACUGCUUUUGCAUACAAAGAUUAUUUAUCAUUUGGAUAUGUAUAUGUGGGUUUGAGAGGGGCGGAAGAGAUGACGAGGCAGUACAAUAUCAAUGUCUAUGCCCCCACCAUCUUGAUCUUUAAAGAACACAUCAGCAAGCCUGCCGAUGUUAUCCAGGCCCGAGGUAUGAAGAAGCAAGUCAUUGAUGAUUUCAUCACACAAAACAAGUAUUUAUUGGCAGCCAGGCUCACCAGCCAGAAGUUGUUCCAUGAGCUCUGCCCUGUGAAACGGUCUCACCGACAGAGGAAGUACUGUGUGGUUUUACUGACUGCCGAGGCUACCAAGUUGAGCAAACCCUUUGAGGCAUUUCUGUCCUUUGCGCUGGCAAACACGCAAGACACAGUGAGGUUCGUGCACGUCUACAGCAAUCGGCAGCGGGAGUUUGCCAGCACCUUAGUGCCAGACAGCGAGGCGUUUCGAGGGAAAUCAGCGGUGUCUAUCUUAGAAAGACGCAACACAGCAGGAAGGGUGGUAUAUAAAACCCUGGAAGAUGCCUGGACUGGGAGCGAGAGUGAUAAAUUCGUCCUUCUGGGUUAUCUUGACCAACUGCGGAAAGAUCCAGCUCUUCUGUCCUCCGAAGCUGUGCUUCCCGACCUGACGGAUGAACUUGCCCCUGUUUUUCUCCUUCGGUGGCUCUACUCUGCUUCCGACUACAUCUCAGACUGCUGGGAUAGCAUAUUUCACAGCAACUGGCGGGAAGUGAUGCCCCUCCUGUCCCUGAUCUUCUCUGCCCUGUUCAUCCUCUUCGGCACCGUCAUCGUUCAGGCUUUCAGUGACUCAAACGAUGAGCGAGAGUCAAACCCUCCAGAUAAAGAGGAAGCCCAUGAGAAGGCCGAGAAGACUGAGCCAACCUUCACCAAAGAAAACAGCAGCAAGAUUCCUAAAAAAGGCUUUGUGGAGGUAACUGAACUCACAGAUGUCACAUACACCAGCAACUUGGUACGUCUGAGGCCAGGCCACAUGAACGUGGUCCUCAUCCUGUCGAAUUCCACUAAGACCAGCCUCCUACAGAAAUUUGCUUUGGAGGUCUACACGUUCACUGGGAGCAGCUGCCUGCACUUCUCCUUCCUGAGUCUAGAUAAACACAGAGAAUGGCUAGAAUACUUACUAGAAUUUGCUCAAGAUGCAGCCCCGAUCCCAAACCAGUAUGACAAGCAUUUCAUGGAACGUGACUACACUGGUUAUGUACUGGCUCUGAAUGGCCACAAGAAAUACUUCUGCCUCUUCAAGCCCCAAAAAACAGUAGAAGAGGAGGAAGCCCUGGGGUUAUGUGGUGACCUUGACUCUUCCCUCUAUCUGGGUGAGUCUCGAGGGAAAUCUUCCUGUGGCCUUGGAUCCAGGCCCAUCAAAGGAAAAUUGAGCAAGCUGUCCUUAUGGAUGGAGCGCCUGUUGGAAGGUUCCUUACAGAGGUUUUAUAUCCCAUCGUGGCCUGAACUAGACUGAGAGGAUUUCAAAAAAGAAAUUGGAACUCUUCAGACUUUUUAACAUGCCCCUGUGAAGAGGUAUUUUCAGGCCUCAAACUAUCACAAUGAACAGAGUAUAGAUUUUAGGUUACUCUUCUAGAACAAUGUCUAGAAGAAUCUUUCCUCUGGCCUGUCCUAACCUAGGAGUGAAAAACACGACAAGUUUGAAUUCCCUAGAUCAAAAUAUUUUCCUUUGGGGUUUUUUUCCCUCAUUUGGAUGCCACACUAUUUCAGAUAGACUGCUCAUUCCCUCUUCCCUCGUCCCUGUCACAUGCUCACACCACCCUCCCCUGUCCUAUCCUCUCACAUUGUAGAAAUGCAGAGCUCAAUCCAGCAACGGUACCUAGACAGACCCUCCUGAGCCCAUUGUGCAGGUCAUUUGCCCCUGCCCCCAUGCCCCAUCUUCCUGUCCCACUUUCCCGGCCUCUGCUGCGCUUCUGCCAUGGCGCAUGCUCUUAGCGCAGAACCACCCGCAGCGUUUCUAGGCCCUGCAUCUUGAAGGAGGCCUAGUUCCCAGCAGUCUUACACUGAAUGGUGGUUCUGGGAGUAAGUGGCUAAAAGUAUAUUUUGGAGGUAUCCCCCACAGCAGUUUGUAGCCACGGUUUUAAAAGGAAAGGGAUGAGUGGGGUUUCCACAUGUGGGUUUGUUUUUCUUCCCAAGAAGAGGAAAGGCAGGGCUGGGCAGAGGCUAAAGUGCUGUAGCUCCAUGAUCCCUUGUGGGCAUCCCUCUGCCUGCCCAGAGCCAGGGAGGGGUCCGCACAGCAGAACAUGCUGUAAUGCCUUUGAGCAGUUGUGUUUUCAGAUGCCUUUCUGCCUCUGUCAAUUUUAGGGUUUGGAUAUUAGGAGCCAUAACUUGUAACUUUGUUCUCUGAACGUAGAGAUAAGCUGCUAUAAAGCCAGUAGAUGUUAAACCGAAGACAAAUUAUUCCCACCUGCCAUGAGUCAGGCUCAAGGAACCUCUUCACUCCAGUGGUUUCUCUUUAGUAAAGUACCAGACAUGUCUUUGUAUCAAGGAACUUAAAAUUUCUCAACCAUUGUAUUUUGAACACUGUUACCCCAAAAGUGCUGUAACUGCAAAUCAUCUUUUGUGACAAGUGAGCCAAGACUUAACUCUACACUGCUGUUUUGUAAAAGGCUUACUUUCCACUUCUGGCCUAUAUUUUCAUGUCUCACUUUUAAUUGUUUUCUCUCUUAACUUACAACUUCUUCAUCAGGAUCAGGGUCAGACUGAUCGUCAGCACCCCAGCUUGCUGAGCUCCUUGUACAAUGGACUGUAGGCUGGACCCUACCAGCCAGUUAGAGAGUGUACCUUUUAUUUUUCGGGCAAAACCACCAGUGGAGUUUGGACAACUUCAAAGAGUGGUCUGUUUCAAAUGUCAGAGCAAAUUGCCUGUUUGUAAAGUGAAGGGUGAAAAUCAGUGAUGGGACAUUUACUAAUUUAGUAUUUGUUUAAUCAUAACUGCUUUCAACUAAGCCACUUGGAUCCUUAAUAAUUUAAAUAUUAAGCUAUAGUGGUAAGUAAUAAAUUAUUUCAUCCCAGGAAUUCCUGUAGUUUUCAUGGAGUCUAUAGCUUUAUUAAAAAAUAAAUCCCUGCCAGGCUUCAUUCUUCCAUAUGAUCCUCAAACUGGAUGCUUACUCUGAAUGCUGUAUCUUAUGGCACCUGGCCCAGUCAGAAAUGGUCAAGGAAUUCAUGUGACUCCUUCAUACACCAGUCCUCAAAAUUAUUUUCUGGGUCUUUUAUGGCCAGGUUGCUUAGAGGAGUAGGAGUACUGUCUUGGUUCAGUGGCAGGUUGUUUUGUUUUGUUUUUGGUGGCUGGCCGGUACAGGGAUCAAAUCCUGGACCUUGGUGUUAUCAGCACCACACUCUAACCAACUGAGCAGACUGGCAAGCCCGGUGGUAGGUUUUUAUUUUUAAUUUCUAGUACUAACGAAGUUCCUGACUUUAAUUUCUGAAAACCAAAAACUCCUCAUAUUUAUUCAUUCUUAUUAUUAAAAUAAAAAGCACCUUCAGACAGCCACACCUUCCAUUCACAGUAGGAAAGAAAAAGGGGUGAUGGGAUUGACAAUAUUCCUGGCAAACAUUUUAGUCCAAAAAUUCUUCUACAGAUAGGUUUGGGGGCUAGUAGAUAUGUCCCCCAGAGGAUGCUAGGGAGCUUUUAUAUUAAAUUGAACUUGACCCUUGACCAUCCAAGACUUUGCUCCUGAAUUUUUUAUUUUUGUAUCAAAAGUAUGAGCCAUUGUCAUGCUCAGCCAAUGCCACCAUUUCUCUUUCUGAUAUAUGUAAUCAUACAAGUCCUGAUUUUGGUUUUAAGUUAAUCCCCUAGUGAGGAUCCAAACCCUUGACCUUGGUGUUACCAACAUCAUGCUCUAACCAAGUGAGCUAACAGGCCAGACCUAACUCCCUACUCUUUGAAUAUCAACACUGAUGUUUUUGGAGGUGGGUUUUUCCGGCUGAUACAGACUAUGCAUCAUGUUUAGCAGAGGGAGCAAAAACUGGCCUUUGUAGUCUUUGUAGAAUACAUGCCCAUUUCUGAAUUUUUUUAUUUUUUUAUUGCUCAGGUGUUGGUUGCACAAUUUAUCUGGCGCACAGGUCGUCGGCUGCAGCUAAGCAACAUUUCAGUGAGCAAGACUGCCCUAACCUCCACUAGGUGCCAUGGUCUCACUGCCAUCACUUAUACACCAUGAGAUUUUAUUUGUAGUUUUCAAAUAGGUUGGUUUCCUCCUCAUUCACAGCCUUUUCACACUUGUGCCCUUUUAUUUAUUAACAUCCUAAUCAAUUUGCAGCUGCCAUAGUACAUAAAUGUUUUCCUGAUAUAAAAGAAAUGGGAUCUGUCUGUGUUUUAAGUGAUUUGCUUUGUUUGGGAAUAGGGAUUGGAAGCAAAUACUCAGGUCUUUUUUUUUUUUUUAAGUAGCAUUCUUUAAAAGCUGAUGCAAAGUAUCUUUACAGAUAAAACCUAGUUCACGUUCAAAUAUCUGACAUUGUCCCUUGAAAACAAAUGCAGUGUGGCAGCUGCUGAGUCAGUUCAGUUUGUCAAGGAGGAUGAUUGAUUGUACUUGGGAGACAGAUCUGAAAUGAAGGUUAAUAUUUUGCACUUUUGAUACUCUUAGGAACAAAUAACUUAUUUGGCAAAUUGUGUCUCUUUUAUGUUUUGGGGUUUUUGUUGUUUUUUGUAUUGUGAACAGGCACUGAAGCCGAUGUUAUUUUGUUUUAAGAAUAUUACA